AUGACUGGUUGGCAACAUUUGAUCCACAACGUUUUGGGGGUGCGUGUGCCAGUCAAGGGAAGCGUUGAUGCGACAGAUCGCUUAGCACCAUUGAGGACCAACCAAGUAUCAAUCACUUGGUUGACGAAGUGGAUCAAGAACUUGCACGACCCAACAAAAGGCGGGGUGCCCCUGACCAAGGAAAGUCCAGAGGCGGUGAAGGAAAGAUAUGCUCGUGUGUAUCUCAUAGGCAUGAUCGGAGGAGUGUUCUUCCCCAAGAAAGCCAACAAUUUAAUUAGUUGUGGAUGGCUUAAGAUCCUCCUUGAUAGAUGCCUCCGUCAGUUUGGUCGGGAGCAAUGCAUUCCUCUAGAGGUCCCUGAGAGUCAAAAGGCGUUUCACCACCGAGAUGGUCGUCAAGGUGCUGAAGAUUGGCCUUUGAAGUUGAAGAAAUUCAUCACCAUGUGGGAUAACCGACAAGAUUUUGAGAUUGUCACUCCAACAACAGUGCGUCGAAUGGGGUAUCAUGACCCAUACAUGGAUAUUUAUCGACAACAGUCGGUAAGGUAUGUGACUCCGGAGGGUGCGGCUGAUGGUGCACUGGUGGACGGUUUGGAAAUUGCGAAGAACAUUGUAGAGAGUGCAAACUUCAUUGAUGCUGCUAAUACCUCUUUUUUGCGGAAGCACUUUAAAAACCUCUUGUACUACCAACAAUAUCAAACUCCAUUAGAAUCAGUUCGCCCAUCGAGUGACGUCCUCACUCCACCUCCAAUGUGGACUCCUAUGGUAACUCAAGUUAAGAGGCAUCUGCGAGCUGGCCGACAAGAAGGACGAGGAAGAGGGCAACAAGGAGUACGAGGAAGAGGGCGACAAGGAGAAGACAAUGAGGAAGGACAAUGAGAAUGAUUAUGUCUAUCGUUAAUAUGUUUCUUCUUCUAUUUGUAUGUUUAAUAUCAAGUUUAAGUCUUAGGGGUCGUUUGGAUCAAUAUAGAAAUGAGUCAAUUUGAUCAAUUGUCUCGUUUUAUAAACGAGACAAUUAAAACAAGUCAAUUCGAAUUACC